AGUGAACCAUCAAGUGAGGAGAGUGAUCUAGAAAUUAACAAUGAAGGUAUGAUUGAACCAGAUACUGAUGCCCCUCAAGAAAUGGGAGAUGAAAAUGUGGAGAUAACCCAGGAAAUGAUGGAUCAGGCAAAUGAUAAAAAAGUGGCUGCCACUGAUGCCCUAAAUGAUGGUGAACUAUGGAAAACCACUGACUUGUUCACACAUGCCAUUAAGCUGAAUCUUCGCUUGGCCAUUCUGUAUGCCACGAGAGCCAGGUUCUUCAUCAAAUUAUAGAAGCCAAAUACUGCCAUUUGAGACUGUGACAGACCUAUUGAAAUAAAUCCUGACUCAGCUCAGCCUUACAAGUGUAAAGGAAAAGGACACAGACUUCUGGGCCAUUGGGAAGAAGCAGCACAUGAUCUUGCUCUUGCUUGUAAAUUGGAUUAUGAUGAAGAUGCUAGUGCAAUGUUGAAAGAAGUUCAACUGAGGGCCCAGAAAAUUGCUAAACACAGGAGAAAGUAUGAGCAAAAAUGUGAAGAGAGAAACAUCAAAGAAAGAAUGGAAAGGGCUAAGAAGGUUUGGGAAGAACACGAGAGAGCUCAGAGGGAGGAAGAAGCCAGAGGACAAUCUGGAGCUCAGUAUGGCUCUUUUCCAGGUGGCUUUCCUGGGGGAAUGUGUGGUAAUUUUCUUGGAGGCAUGUCUGGAAUGGCAGGGGGAAUGCUUGGAAUGGCAGGAAUGCCUGGGCUCAAUGAAAUUCUUAGUGACCCAGAGGUUCUUGCAGCCAUGCAGGAUCCAAAAGUUAUGGUGGCCUUCCAGGAUAUGGCCCAGAACUCAGCAAAUAGGUCAAAAUAUCAGAGCAGCACAAAAGUAAUGAAUCUCACCAGUAAAUUGUCAGCCAAAUUUGGAGGUCAAGCAUAA